UCUGUUGUUGUCUUGCUAGCAGGAGGAAUUUGAAAAAAGUGUAAAUGAGCAUGCAAGGUUUAUGGAAGAGCAUGAGAGGUUUAUGGAAGAGCAUGCGAGGUUUAAGGAAGAGCAUGCGAGGAAUAUGGAACAGCAUGCAAGGAAUAUGGAACAGCUGGCAAGGGAUAAGGAAUAUAUAAAUCAAGUUUGGAUGUAUUUGGCUAAGGGAGGUGAGAUUGAAGAUUCUGAAAGAUAUUGCCAACGAAAAAAGGAACAAACUAAAUAUUUGUUGUUGCUCUUACUUCUCAAGAAGGAACUUAUUGAAGGGAAGAGUGAGAAGGAAAUGUCUAGCGCAACACUGGAGUUGUUUUAUGCCCUAAAAGCUAAAAAGUAUUCAUGUAAUGGAAUAGGGAAAUGAGUUGGGUCUUUAAAUUGGGGUUGCAUACGUGCAUUUUAUAUCUUUCUAUCUAGUAAAAGUUGGAUGCUGAAGUUGAUUUGGUAAACUGUAUGGCAUGAUUUCUUUGUUCUUAAAUUCAACUUUUUAACUGGCUUAAUUUGAAUA